UCCGGUGUGAGCUCAUUGGAUUUAUGUUCUGCGCCAACUACCAUCCGCAGUAGAACACACAACCUCUUUAAAAAUUUUGCUAGCAUUUUCGUCUCUGUCAUUGCCGCACCUCUCUCUCUCUGAGCUUGCAAUCGAAGCUUCAAUGGCGACGAGAUACUGGGUCGUCUCUCUUCCUGUUCAGAACUCUGCCUCUUCUAUCUGGAACCGAUUGCAAGAACAAAUCUCCAAACGUUCCUUUGACACUCCUCUCUACAGAGUAUUUACUCCAUUUCACACAUCCAUUUCAUUGCAAAGUAUGUUUCUUUUUUAUUGAAUUAAUGUAUAUUCGGUUCAAUUUUUGUUGUUCAAUAUUCCUAAUCUCCGUGUUGGAACCCUUGAUUCUCUCCUCUCUCUCAGCGACGAUCUGGUAAAGGUAAUUUAUCCAACAUGUGGAUACAAUCUCGCAUAACUUUGUUAUUUAGAUUUCACAAGUUCUAUUUAUUUAAUUCGUGCAAGAUACUCCUUUUUUUUCAAGAUUCAAAUUUUGUAUUUUGCUUUUGUUAUCAAUUUAUUACGUAUUUUUUUGUUCAUAGAAUCUGUAACUUCUUCAGAGUAAUAUGUGGUAAUUGGGUUGCAAAUGUUGAUAUUGAUAUGAUAUUUAAAAGAUUUCUAUUCAUUCUAAACAAUGAAUUUGGGAGUUAAACUUCGGAAAUGUGCAGUCGAACAGCUUUGUGGAAUGAGUGAUGCACAAGAUCAGGUGUCAGAUCGAGGAACUGGAGAGGGUAUCGGGUGUGGAAAGCAAUUCUCUUACCGUUGAUGGAGUGCCGGUUGAUUCUUACCUCACUAGGUUUCUUUGGGAUGAAGAUAAGUACCCGACUAUGGCACCUUUGAGAGAGAUAGUAGAUAGCAUUCAUAGUCAAGUGACAAAGAUCGAGGAUGAUCUCAAGGUUCGUGUUACUGAGUAUAACACUGUCUGCAGUCAGCUUAAUGCUAUAACCCGGAAGCAAAGUGGAAGCUUAGUUGUGCGAGAUCUCUCAAAUCUGGUGAAACCAGAGGAUAUAAUUACCUCAGAACAUCUAGUGACUCUCCUUGCAAUUGUUCUCAAGUAUUCACAGAAAGACUGGUUGGCCAACUAUGAGACUUUGACAAGCUUUGUAGUCCCCAGGUCCUCCAAGAAGUUGUAUGAGGAUAAUGAAUAUGCUCUUUAUUCUACAACACUCUUUUGUCGUGUUGCAGAUAAUUUUAGAACAAGUGCACGUGAUAGAGGUUUUCAAAAACGUGAUUUUGAAUCUAGUUCAGAAGCACAACAGAGUCGGAAGCUAGAAUUAGAAAAAUUAAUGCAAGACCAGGAAAGACUGAGGAGUUCUCUUUUGCAGUGGUGCUAUACAAGUUAUAGGGAGGUUUUUAGCUCCUGGAUGCACUUUUCUGCUGUACAUGUUUUCUUAGAGAGCAUUCUGAGAUAUGGUCCACUGCCAUCAUUCUUGGUAUGUGCACUCUUAUGUUCAUUAAUGGCUUUCCAACGAAACAUUUGCUUUUUGACUCAGCACAGUUUGUUGACACAAUUUUGGGAGUGCGUUUUAGCUCCAUCAUUCUUGAAAUCGUGUUAUCUUUUACAGCCUAUUAUGAGGGAACCUCAAUAAUUUACACUAAUAAGGUUGGAGUAGCCCACUUAGCUUCUUUGCUUCAUAGGGCCAUGUGAACAAGAUCAUGUGUACUUGGACUAUGUCUUUUCUUAUGAAUAAAGCUCC